UGAGGAAGUUUGAAUUUUGUCUCCAUGGCCUCCAUCAAAAUGAGAAGUGCUUCCAUCAUCUUCAUCUUUAUUUGUGCUAUCUUCAUAAUGCAAAUGGUUUUGCUCGCUGCAGAUCAAGGGGGGUCAUUCAGAACCGAACGAUAUGAUCCAAGAGCACCACCAACACCACAAGGAAACCCACGUCAUGGCAUGAAUCCACCUGACUCCCCGCCACCAAUUUAUACUUAAGUUUGUGUUUAUAUUGAUCGACAAUUACCUUGUUAAUUAAGCUUGUGUGUUGUUUGUUUUAAAGAAAAAAAAAACAUAGACAUGGUUGUUGGGUAUGUAACAUUUUAUAGCAUGUAAUGUGAUUGUGAAUCAUGCAGCUCGAUAGUUUAUUAUUGUUGUUUAGGCAAUCUUUUAAGUUCAUGUCAUAUACAAUUAAAGUUAAAAAUUGAGAAUCAUACA